AUGUCCUCCACUCCUCCGCCGCCCCCCUCGGCGUCGAUCUGUGCGGCCCUCACUCUUAUUAUCACAACAUCACCGACGCCAUCUGCCCCUUCGACAGAACUUCUCGGUACCGUCUUUCAGUCUGUUCGCCAACACUGCGAGGACCUCCUGUCUUGUCGCAUCAUCGUUGUGUUCGAUACAUACGACCGCAUUGGCCCAGUAUCCAGACUGAAGAAGGGCGUGGUGACGGAAGAGGGCGCAAAGCAGUAUGAUGCCUACAAGAAGAAUGUCAAGACCCUCGUUCUUGGAGCCUACGGACACUCGUCGGAUGAAGAGCUGGCGCAGGAGCAAGGGGAGGCGGAGUACGGAUUCGACGGGAGAGCAGCUCUGAACCUCACACCAUUCACAGUCAAGAGCACAAAAGAUGACAAGGUCGCAUUUGUCGAACCCGCAGAGAGACUCGGCUUCGGCCUUGCUGUGCGAACAGCCCUCAGGAUCACCACUACGCCGUACGUCUGGGUUCACCAACAUGACUGGACGCUGGUGGCAGACAUCCCGGUCGCGCCGAUGUUGGACGUCAUGAAGGCUACUGACGAGGACGAGGAGGCGCCGGUGAAGUACAUCUGCCUCGCCUCAGUGCGAAUGCUGGAGUACGCCAACUCAGCCCAUGCCCAUGACUACCCCGCUCUGAGAGCGUUGACGAAGAAGCUCAAGCGGGACUUCACCCACCCGUCACAUCAAAAUUGCACCGUGCCGCUGACACCAAUGUUCUUUUGGCAUGAUAAGCCACAUAUCGCAUCCACCAAGCAUUAUCUCUCCCGGGUAUUUCCAACGAGACUGGCGAUUCCGAAGGGCGCGUUCAUCGAAGAUGUUAUCGGGCAGCGUGCAAGAACACAGAUGAAAGAGCAGAGCAUGUGGGCCAAAUGGGCUUGCUGGCUGUAUUACCCCGAUGAAGGGAAGCAACUGUGUUUGAAACAUUUAGAUGGAAGGAGAUGGAGAGGUUUGGAGGCCGAGAAGGUUCAGGGAGCGAGGUGGAGAGAAAUUAGAGGUGUGAAAGAAGACAAACAAGAAUGA